AUGGGCAAACUGCAGCACGAGGAUACCAGCUGGGUUCAGGAGUACCUACCGGAUUGGCAAAAUGCUAUCUACACCGUGGACAACACCAGCGCAACACUAUCAACGCCUCGCAACAAAGGGCGAAAAGCAAAUCCAUAUCUCCUGUACAUCAGCCAGCACUACCACGACCCCCCAUCCGUGAUAGCCUUCCUCCACUCGCACCGUGCCGGGUUCCCGGGAGGAUGGCAUACAGAUGCACCAGGCGUCGACAACGUCAUUGCCAUCAAGACCCUCAACCUCGACUUCGUGCAACGCAACGGGUACGUGAACAUGCGCUGUCAGUGGGAGCCUGGAUGUCCGGACUGGGUGCAGCGUCUCCGCAGCGCAGACAGCGACGACCCCGAGAACCUGGAGCGUCACAUGCCUGAGGGUUGGCGGGAGUUGUUUGGGGAAUCUAGCGAAGUGCCCGAUGUUAUUGCCACGCCGUGCUGUGCACAGUUCGCCGUAUCCAGGGAGCAGGUGCUGGAGCGGCCCUUGGAGGAGUACGAGUGGUACCACAAAUGGCUCAUGGAUACGGAUAUGAGCGACGGGUUGAGUGGUCGUAUAUUUGAGUACUUGUGGCAUAUCAUCUUCGGCAAGGAUCCCGUGUAUUAA